UGCCGGCUUCCGGGCUUAGUCGGCAUCGGGGGUCGUUGGAAGUGGGGCCGGAGGCGCCGGGGGUUCAGGGGUGUCUGCCGAGGAUGAAGCUAGAGACAGAGAUGGUCAACUGGGCAGUAGAAUCCAAGGGCAUGUUGGAAGGUGCUCAGGGCCUUGGACAGUAUGUUCCAGGGUAUCACAAGUCCUUGGUCAUGGAUGCUGUUUGUACAGAGCCUCGUCCCUGAUGCUGAGGGGGUCAAAGGCAACAUCCAUGGGGAGAGUCAGCAGCAGCCUAGGAAGCUAAGAGGUUGUCAUGAGCCAGUUAAGGACCUUGGAUUGCUUUCGAAGGUUCUGUACAAUAAACAUUCAUCCCAACCUACAAAAAGGGGUUGGGAUGGUUGCACCUCAAGGCGGUUCCACUUGAGUGAUAAUCGGCCGAAUUCAGCAGCUGUCAAUGGACUCAUUGUUCCUGCAGCUACAAUGAUCUCCAGGAUGCUCAGUGGAGAGCUGUAUGGCGAGACAGCAACCAAAGUUGGCCUUAAGUAUCUAGGGCACAAGAGCACUUCAGAGCUCAAGAAAGUCACAAUGACAAUGGCCGCCGCGAGAACAAAUAAAAUCUUAGGACAGAUUCAAGCCGGUAUCAUUGAUCUGGCUGUGCAAGGCCACAAUGGAACAGGGAGGACUGGGCAGAUCAAGGACCAUGAUCCUUCCCGGUCUUCCAUUUGAGGCGAACACUGCUAUUGAACAAUGGACAGUGUGGUGGUCUGUCUGUGGUAUUCCCAAAUGCCACUGGCUCAUCGAGUGGCCAAGACGCU